AUGUGCUAGUCGUGCCAGUGUUGUCAAACGCCCAAACUAUCCUCCAAAAGCAGGCCCGGCGUUUUGCUAUCCGAAUUUUGUGCCUAGCAACUUAUUUAAACCCCAUAAACAACUAAACUACAAAAUGGCCGAGACCGAGAAAAUCGAAGUUCGCGAUGUUACCCGCAUCGAGCGCAUUGGCGCCCAUUCUCACAUUCGCGGUUUGGGAUUGGACGAUGUCUUGGAGGCGCGUGUUGUUUCCCAGGGAAUGGUGGGUCAAAAAGAUGCCCGUCGAGCCGCCGGAGUGGUUGUGCAGAUGGUCCGUGAGGGCAAGAUCGCCGGAAGAUGCAUCCUUCUUGCUGGAGAGCCCAGUACCGGCAAAACGGCAAUCGCCGUGGGAAUGGCCCAAGCUCUGGGAACCGAAACUCCAUUCACCAGUAUGUCUGGAUCGGAGAUAUACUCUCUCGAAAUGAGUAAGACCGAGGCUCUCUCACAGGCACUGCGCAAAAGCAUUGGCGUUCGCAUCAAGGAGGAGACCGAGAUCAUCGAAGGCGAAGUGGUGGAGAUCCAAAUUGAACGUCCCGCCACAGGUACUGGUCAGAAAGUGGGUAAGGUAACUCUGAAGACCACCGAGAUGGAGACCAAUUAUGAUCUGGGCAACAAGAUCAUCGAGUGCUUCAUGAAAGAGAAGAUCCAGGCUGGCGAUGUGAUCACUAUCGAUAAGGCCUCCGGAAAGGUUAACAAAUUGGGCCGCAGCUUCACCAGAGCCAGGGACUACGAUGCCACUGGCGCCCAAACCAGAUUCGUCCAGUGCCCCGAGGGGGAGCUUCAGAAACGCAAAGAAGUGGUGCACACCGUCACUCUGCAUGAGAUCGAUGUGAUCAAUAGUCGCACCCACGGUUUCUUGGCUCUGUUCUCUGGUGAUACUGGUGAAAUCAAGCAGGAGGUGCGCGACCAAAUCAACAACAAGGUUCUCGAGUGGCGUGAGGAGGGCAAGGCCGAGAUAAACCCAGGAGUUCUUUUCAUAGACGAGGUCCAUAUGCUAGACAUUGAGUGCUUCUCUUUCCUAAAUCGCGCCCUGGAAUCGGACAUGGCCCCGGUAGUGGUGAUGGCCACAAACCGCGGGAUCACUCGCAUCAGGGGCACCAACUACCGCAGUCCCCAUGGCAUUCCGAUUGAUCUUCUCGAUCGUAUGAUUAUAAUUCGCACUGUGCCGUAUUCUGAGAAGGAGGUCAAGGAAAUUCUAAAAAUCCGUUGUGAAGAGGAGGACUGCAUCAUGCACCCGGAUGCCCUGAUCAUUCUUACACGCAUCGCCACGGACACGAGCCUACGCUAUGCUAUUCAACUCAUAACCACAGCCAAUUUGGUUUGUCGUCGCCGCAAGGCCACCGAAGUGAACACCGAGGAUGUGAAGAAGGUUUACUCGCUGUUCCUGGACGAGAAUCGAUCGAGCAAGAUCCUAAAGGAGUACCAGGACGACUACAUGUUCAGUGAAAUCACCGAGGAGGUAGAAAAGGAUCCGACUACGGGUGGUGGAGCAAAGCGUCGUGUCGAGGGUGGUGGAGGUGAUGCCCAGCCCAUGGAGCACUAGAGCCCAGAUUUCCAUUAUCCCAUCAACCUCCCAGUACAUUCUCAUGACUAUUUUAUGAUCAAUAAAUAAGUUUCCUUGUAUCUACGAUUAAUUCAAAUGCCUUUGAAUGCGGUGUUUAACAUGAUUGUAAUAAAUAAACCAUUAAUAUUAA